AGGUUUAGCUCCAACGAUUUGUCAAAGAUGCACCAAUUGCAAGCACGUGGAGCGGCAACGAAACCGCGCACCGCCGUUGCUGCAUCUCUUGAGGAGAUUAUAAAAGGGAGCUGAGGCUCUCAUGAGCUCGUCAAGAGCACACAAGCAUAGGAAGUGCAACUAUACUAGCUAAUAGCCUUGCGUAGAAGCUCCUGUUCUUGCUCGUUGCUUAGCAGAGAUCUAACAGGUAUGGCUCAAGCAGUAGAUGAUAGAGGAAGCAGGGAAGAGAUCGUCGUCAUCGACCUAGAGAGCGAGAUCGACGUGCCGGUGAUGCAGCGGCAGGACUCGCUGUACGUGGACGCCACUAGAGCUGCCGUCGCCAAUCACCACGGACAGGACAGCUGGGCGAAGACGCUGCGGCUCGCGUUCCAGUGCGUCGGGAUCCUGUACGGCGACAUUGGGACUUCGCCGCUGUUCGUGUACUCGAGCACGUUCAGGGACGGCGUCGGCCACCCGGACGACCUGCUCGGGGCGCUCUCCCUCAUCAUCUACAGCUUCGUGCUCUUCAGCGUCAUUAAGUACGUCUACAUCGCCCUCCGCGCCAACGACGACGGUGAUGGAGGAACUUUCGCACUCUACACCCUGAUUUCGCGGCACGCAAAGGUCAGCCUGAUCCCAAAUGAGCAGGCUGAAGACGAGCUUGUCUCCAAGUACAACCGCGGUAAGCCACCGGCGACGUUGAGGAGAGCACAGUGGAUGAAGGAGCUUCUCGAGACGAACAAGACUGUAAAGAUUUCGCUCUUUCUUCUCACCAUGCUCGCCACUGCCAUGGUGAUCAGCGACGCUGUAUUAACUCCUGCAAUUUCAGUUCUCUCAGCUGUUGGCGGGCUAAAAGAAAAGGCACCUUUUCUGACAACAGAUGAGAUUGUCUGGAUCACCGUAGUCAUUUUGGUGGUGUUGUUUGCGAUCCAGAGGUUUGGGACCAACAAAGUUGGAUACUUGUUCGCGCCGAUCAUCCUCCUGUGGCUCCUCCUCAUCGGGGGUGUUGGGGUCUACAACCUGAUAAAGUACGAUACCGGUGUCCUGAGGGCAUUCAACCUGAAAUACAUCAUUGACUACUUCCGAAGGAACAAGAAGAAAGGAUGGGUCUCCCUUGGUGGCAUACUCCUUUGCUUCACAGGCACAGAAGCCCUUUUUGCUGAUCUAGGAUACUUCAGCAUAAGAUCAAUUCAGCUAAGCUUUGGCUUUGGUUUAGUCCCGUCAGUGCUACUCGCUUACAUUGGGCAAGCAGCGUACCUGAGAGUACACCCAGAUCAUGUAGCUAACACUUUCUACAGAUCAACUCCAAACUCGCUGUUCUGGCCAACAUUCAUCCUCGCAAUAGCGGCAUCGAUCAUUGGAAGCCAAGCCAUGAUAUCCUGUGCCUUCGCAACCAUUUCUCAUUCACAAACUCUCGGUUGCUUUCCAAGAGUUAAGAUACUGCACACCUCAAGGCAAUACUCAGGCCAAUUAUACAUCCCGGAAGUAAACUACUUGCUCUGCUUGGGGGCUUGCCUUGUCACAGUCGGCUUCAAGACAACCGUAAUCAUUGGGGAAGCUCAUGGGAUAUGUGUCGUUCUUGUGAUGAUAAUCACAACAAUCUUGUUGACAAUAGUGAUGCUCCUAGUAUGGAAGACCAGUAUCUGGUUCAUUGCUGUGUUCUUCAUCGUUUUCAUGUCAUCGGAAUCAAUCUACCUAUCUGCUAUCCUAUAUCGGUUUGCACAUGGGGCAUAUGUGCCGGUGGCAAUGUCAGCAGUCCUAAUGGUGGUGAUGGUCGUCUGGCAUUAUGUGCAUGUGAAGAAGUACAACUUUGAGCUCGAGCACUCUAUGCCCCGUGACAAAGUGAAAGAACUCCUAGGGCGUCGUGACAUACAGAGAAUCCCUGGGGUAGGCCUCUUCUACACUGAGCUUGUUCAAGGCAUACCACCGGUGUUCCCUCACCUCAUCGAGAAAAUCCCUUCCAUCCAUUCGGUGCUAAUUUUUGUCUCAAUCAAGCACUUGCCAGUUCCGUCCGUCGACAUGUCGGAGCGCUUUCUCUUCAGACAGGUUGACAGAGAGGAGUAUAAGGUGUUCCAAUGUGUGGCGCGAUAUGGGUACCGAGACCCGUUCGAGGAAGCCAAAGAUUUUGUUGAUGCGCUUGUAGAGCGUCUCCAGUACUACAUCCGAGAUGUCAACCUCUAUAGUCUGGGUUGCGAGACAAUGAUGAUAAAGUCGUCCAGCUACCGUAGUUCUUGCGCUGACAGCUUUGGCAGCCAUGAGAAACCCUCGGUAAGGGCAGUCUAUGCUGAAGAGAUGCUCACACCAGCCGAGUCUUUCUCAGAGCACACAAGGCAAGCUAGUGGCAAGAGCAAGCUUUUUACGCAAUUUCAGGGAGAGAAGAUGAACAUAGUAGAAAUGAUGAAGAUUCAGCAAGAGCAACAGGUUAUCCUUGGAGAGGUGAACAAAGGUGUGGUGUACAUAUUUGGAGAGAGUGAGGUGGUGGCAAGACCUCACUCCUCCCUCCUCAAGAAGAUUGUCGUCAACUACAUCUACUCUUUUCUUAGAAAGAACUUCAGAAAUGGUGAGAAGAUGCUGUCGAUUCCCCGUAGCCAGAUCCUAAAGGUUGGAAUCUCUUAUGAAAUCUAGGCAUCUGAAAGAAGAGCUGGACAUCUGAUCGCUGAUAUAAUUGUACAUAAUUUUGAUACCAGAAAUCCUUUGUAUCUAUUUUUUCAAUAACAAUGGAAGCUUUAUUAACUUUUUUAGUA